AUGUUAUGGGCUACAUGGACGAACACGCCGCUGGUCUCCUCGCUGGUCCUCUGCUCCCUCGUCGUCCUCAUCUGGGCUGUUGAUCCGCAAAUCAUCCAGCUCAACGUGCUCUUCGUCUUCGCCUGCCUCGCCCUCCUCUUCUCCCUCGCGCCCGAGCGCACCGCCGCCGUCUUCGAAGCGCUGCCCGGCGUCGCCACCGCCGUCAUCAAUGACUACCACCUCGGCGGGCUCUUUUUCACGAAUGCUAGGAUGCUCUUCACCGGCGCGGCUGCUGUCUGGCUGCUGCGUCGAGGUCUGCAAACCCUCUGGAAACCGGUCCCCGAGCUCAUCGAUAUUCUAGGCGUCGACGUUCCCGCGCCCCCCGACGUUUCGCUGACGGCCAUUGGCGUGGACAAGGCCACCAUCACCUGGACGCGCCCACCAUCAAAUCGCCAUGUCGACAAAUACGUGAUCCAGGUGAACGGCGUCAAUGUGGGCGAAUCCGCGACAAGUCACGAUACCUUCAUCACCGUCUCUGGCCUCAAACCGAAUCACUUUUACAAUGUCCGCAUCAUUGCCGUCGGCGCCAACAAUUUCCAAGCCGGCAGCCGUGUUCUCCGUCUCCGCACCUUUGGCUCCGAUGGCCGCCCACGCCUCGGCACCUCGCGCCUCCCGUCCGACUUUACCGAGGACGAUGCUGCCUCCGCCUCAAAACAGCACGAGGCCGCGACAGGCACGGACGAGAAUGGAUCGACCAAGCAGUUCGUCACAUCAACAUUCGGUGUCGCCCAGCCGCUUCCGUCGGAAUCGCCGCAGGCGCUCUCGAGAGAAGGCACAUCUCUGGGUUCGCUGGCACCGUCUUCGCGCCGUAACACGGUCAAUCGACGACACUCGCCAUCGACGGCGAGCUUAGAGCAGCAGCAGCAGUUCAAUGGAGUGGCGGCGGCGCCCACCGCCGACGACGAGACGGGGGUCACGGAAGCACAGAUGGCAGAGCUCAACCAGCGGUACCUGGCGCUCCGCAAAGAAACCGAGGAGGCCACGGCCGCCUGUGCGAAGGAAGAAGAGGAGAUGAAGAAAACAAUAGACGAAUUGGAGGCAGAAAAACAGGCCAAGCGGAAGGAGCAUAAGCGGAAAGAAGAGCAAACGGAGAAGCUGAAACGCGAGCAAGGCGCCACCGAGCGCGCCAUGCGCAACGCCAUAUCGCGCCGGGCGCAGAAGGAAAAGCGGCUCAAGGAGAAAACCGCCGAGCUUGAGCGCAUCCGCAACAGCAUCGAAAAGUGGACGAAGUCGAUCCAGGAAAUGCGCGAAAAUCAGGAGGACUACAAUAAACAGCGAGCCGAGCUCGACGAAGAGUACCAGCGGAAAGUCAACGAAUUACGCGAAAGCAACAAAAAUGUGCAAGAAGAAUGCGCCAAGUUAGAGGCCGAGCUCAAGGAGAAGCGUCGUCUCGUCAAGGAACUCGAGGACGAACGCACCAAACUUGAAAGCCACGGCGAGGACCCGGGCGUGCGAAACGAGAUCAUGGCCCUCAAGCGCCAGCUGCAGCGGAUGGAAAACGAGUACCGUGGCCGUCUGAACCACGAGAACCGCCGGCGGGAUGGCCUCGAUGCCCAUAUCCUCGUCUUGUCAGCCCAGAUGCAGCAGAUCCCGCAGCCCAACUACGGCGCCUACAACCCUGCAGCCAGCCCGCCCAUGAUGCCGCAUAUGAUGAGCCCGCCCAACAUGUCACAGAGCAUGAUCUACGACUACGACCCGACUGCGGCGAGCCACCCGACCCAUCUCAAGCAAGAGCGCCGGGCGAGCAACCCGUUGUCGAGCGGUGCCGUGUCGACGCCGGCGCCUGUCUUUGCCCACACAGACCUCAAUGGACUGCCGCCGUCGUCUACGCCGCCCUUUGUCAGCUCGGGUCGGCCACCCACGCAAUCGGGUGGCUUUCUCACGGGUCCGUUCAUGGGCUCAUCAGCAGACCAUCCGGGCCCCGAGGAUGCCGACGCCGGGUUUAAGGCACUGACCAUGGGCGCUCCGCUGAGCCCGUCGGCUACCUCUCUUUUGCCCUCCAACAUUUUUGCAGACGACGAACCGCCCAGCCCGUCCUUGAAUGUCCGGACCAUGAGUCCGUUUAUUCCCUUGGACGCGCAGUCUCCCGACAUUCUCGGCAGCCUCAACAGCUUCACGAAUCACAACGGCAACAACAACAACCACAAGGCAACCGAUAGCAGUAGUAGCCACGGAAGCCAAGAAAACAGCAACAGCAACAACAGCAGCAACAGCAGCAACCCACUCAACAACAUCACUGGUCUCACCUCCACCGACUCGCCCAAGACGUUCCCCGAAUCGAUUGCAGCCGAUGCAGUUAGCGGGCCCCAGUCACCAGCCUCGUCGCACCGGUCCAAGAGCAUCUUCUCGAGCCCACAGGCGUCGUCGCAAAACUUGCCCUUCUCGUCGUACGGUAUCGAGGGCAUCGACGGGCGCCCGCCGCCGACGAGCGCCCUCCCUUCGCCGAUUGCUGACCCAGCUACCGUAUCCGGCCAGCCCGCGAGCAGUACGCGAUUCAAUCUCUUCUCGUUCCAACGCUCCCGCGCAGCGAAGGCGGCCGAAGAAGGACCAGCACUCGGCACCCUUAAGCAUGGUCAGAGCCAGUCGUUCCCGCGCCAGGGCGAAGACGCCGAAGGCAGCAAGAAUCGCCGAAUCAGCCUGUCGGCUUGGAGCAUGUUCAAUCGCAACUCGGCAGGCCCUGAGAUCAUGGAGCAUCAGUUCGGUCCGGAUGGCCAGCCAAUCAACAAGGCGGGCGGAUUCUCCGCGCGGAACCUGUUUCCCUUUGGCGCGCGCGGCGGCAAUGUCUUUGCGGAUCGCGAUACCAGCAGCCCAAGACCGGCCUCCAUGGCGUCGAUCGACAUGCCUCGGCCGUCUACGGACAGCGGCUCCAUUUGGGGUCCGCCCGUUGACAACGGUGCGGCGGGCGCGGGCCUUGGCAAGGCCAGUCGCCUGUGGCCUCCGGACAACGCAUGGCCCAGCCGCAACCCAUCGCGACGCCCGUCGAUUCACGGAUCACCCUCGGCUCUCAAGACCAACCUCGCAUCGGCGGACGAUGAGAUUCUCGACGAAGAGGAGCUGCUCAACCCGGAAACGUCGCCCAGCCAGGUCGGCGUCAUUGGCAGCCGCCCCCCCGUAUCAGUGCCAAAAGUCAACAAGACGCUCAACCCCGCGGCGCCGACGUUCAUGGCCAACAUCUUCCGGCCCAAAGGCGACAAGGACAAGGACCACAAGGACAAGGCCAAGGACAAACCAAAGGGCAAGGACAAGGGCAAGGACAAGUCCAAGGGCCGUGACAAGGAGAGGGCCGCCUCCAAGGAACACCGUGACUCGACGGAGGUCACGGCCGGCACCAGCGUGCCGAGCUUGGUGGUCGAGGACUCGCCGUCGGUCUCGCGCAUGUCCCGUGAUGGGCUGUCGGUGCAUACCCAGGCGUCGGUGUCGGUGUCCGAGUCCCGCGACUCGCUCGACUACGUCGUGUCCAACACGACGUCCGAACCCAACAGCGUCGGGAUGCUGUCGUCGUCCAAGGACAGCAGCGAGAAUGCGCUCCUCAAGCUCUUUAAAAAGGACAGCACGGGCAAGCUCAGCUUCCCGCGCCGCAUCGGACGCUCCAAGGGCGGCGGCGCGGGCAGCAUGGCCGGCUCCGACAAGAAUGCGAGCGUCUCGGAGCAGCGGUCGAGCUUUGGCGACUUUGACGACAUGGGCGACGAGUCGGUGCUGUCGGCAGCGAGCAGCCGGCGCACGGGCAUGAGCGUGCCUCUAGCGGCGGCCAGCAGUGUCAGCACGAGCGGCGGCGGCGCGGAUAGUGUCACCAGCAGCCCGUCGCUGGGCCCGUCCAAGUCGUCGCGCGACGGCAACAGCAACGGCAAGAGCGAGGGCGGCAAGCUCAAGGGCACCGGAUGGUUCUCGAUGAAAAAGAAGAACCGAGAGAAGGAGAGCCUGGACAUUGACCGCGAGCGCGAGCGCAGCCUCCACGGCCUGGGCCUCGGCGAGCCCGACUCGACGGUCUCGUCGCUGGCCACGACAACGUCCAACGUCACGGACGAAAGCGAUAGGAAGGCGUAG